AUGACGGACAGGCUUACUCAGUUACAAAUAUGUUUAGACCAAAUGAUGGAACAGUUCUGCGGAGCAGUAAACUACAUCGACAAGAAUCAUGGAUUUGAACCAAGUAAUGAAACAGAAGAACAAAUGUCUGAUCCUCAGGCCCAUGUUGUAGAAGAGAAGGAAUUUGAUAAAAACAUAGAUGAGUUAACAACAGAUAUAAUACUCAAGACUAGGCAAAUAAUGGCCCUGAUAGAUUCUCUACCGGGAGUAGAUGUAUCGGCACAGGAACAAUUACAUCGAAUUGAUUCUCUACAGAAGCAGUUGGUUAAAAUGGAAAACGAAAAGAUCAAAGCCAUUAAAAGAAAGGAUGCCCUUUUGGAAAAAGUGAGGUUUUUAAUUGAAGAUUUCACUGUUGGAAUUAAUGGUUCAAAAGCCGCAUUCCAAGCUCAAAGCUGA